AUGGCGUCGGGUGCGUCGGAUUCGUCAUUAGAUGACACAAGUAUUGAUGAUGCAUGGGAAACGGAGCUUGAAAUAGCUCUUUUGAAAGAUGCUGAUUUCGCAGACAUUAAGUCCAUCUGCCAAAUUCGUCCCGUUCCUGCUAGACUGCGUCGCGACCUGUGGCGUUCAUGCCUGGGUGUGAACCCUAGCCUCAUAGGGAUGUCUAACUUUGCGGAAAUCUUUGAUCUUCCAACUCAAGAGCAACUUCACAUGGCGUGUGAAAAUGCAGCAUCUGACGUUAUUGCUUCUCUUUCAAGGACAAUGUCGUCUGAUUUGGGUAUUCUUAAAGAUCCUCCAAAUGUGCUGCAGCUCACUAGUGAUUUCGAAUCUGUGCUCACUCAUUUUUCUCAAACUUACACUCUUCCAUUCAUCCCGGGCAAUGGGUGGGUUUCUAUUCUCUCCACUCUCUAUAUUGUUCUUUACCCUAUCGAUCGAGAGGACCUCUACGUCUAUUUCACGUCUGUGUACCAUCGCUUUAUACCCAGCGGAACACAGGGUAGCUCGCAUGCCUGCAGUGUUUUUCGCCUCUUGCUGCAAUAUCACGAGCCUGAGUUAUGCAAUUUCCUAGACUCGCACAAACUUCCUCCGGAAGUCUACGCCAAGGCGUGGUUUGACAGCUUGUUCGCGGACCAUCUAUCUAACGAGGCUCUGCCGGCCUUUUGGGACAUAUAUUUCCUUCUUGGGGAACCACUUUUUGGUAUGCUGGUCGCACUAGUGCUCCUCGUCAAUGCUAAAGAUAUAUUAAUGCAAAAAGAAAAGGAAAUUGGUCAAGAGGCGGUAGAAGAAACCUUAUCUUUGAAUGAUAACGAAGAUGUGGAAAUGGAUGAGCAAGGGACAGUGACUAUUCCUCCAAAAUCAAGGGACGAAAUCCUGGUUGAAUUGCGGAAUCUGCCGAAGCCCAUGCGCCCGUCGGAUCUGGUGGCGUUAGUGGAAAUAACUCAGGUGUAUAGUCUUAAAACCCCCUCCUCAUUUAACACUACCUACCUCCCCUUCCUCUUUGGAGCACCUAGCCCUGAAACCGAUAGUCAUCUUUUGAGCGGAGCGCUCUCGCUAUUGAUUUCGGUGGAGGAGGUGCUGGGCGCUCAGACCCCUUGCCGCCGCCGCCAGUCGCCCCCGCACUUGGAGACGGGAAUGGGGAUAGAGGCGGAAGAGGGGGAAGGAGGGGAGGCAGUUCGCUUUUUUCUCGUCGACUGUCGACCCGCUGAGCAGUACAAUGCCGGUCAUCUGGACACUGCCUUCUACCUUGACACUGAACUCAUGCUCUCCAAUCCGCCCGAGUUCAAUAUCAGUGUACAGGCCUUGCUGCAGACUCAACAGCGAGGGAUUGCUUCGAGAUCGAGGGCUGUGGGUGAACACAUUGUUUUUAUGGGCAGUGGUCGGUUGGCAGAGGAUCGCCUGACUAAUAUGGUAAUCGCGUACUUUUUACGCCUGAACACACCUUACGUGAGCAUGGUAGACGGUGGCUACGCGGCAUUCCACGAGGCCCUUGGACCUCUCGAAUUCAACCGCCUUCUGGUAUCGCACGAGGAGGACCUUUGCUUUGUCUGCGCUGCCAAUCGGGGCCAACAGGCAAUUCGCAUGGCGCAUAAAAUGCCUCCAUCCGCCGUUCCUGCCGCUUCCAAGUUCUCUAGCAAUUCCCUUAGCUCCAAAACUCCUCAUGUUGCGUCCACCUUCCAACCUGCACAGUCAUUUGGUAAUGUCUUGACAAAGUUUUCCAACCUGCUUAAAAAAUCACCGGUUGGAGCUUUCAGAACUCCCCAAAUAGUUCCCUCUGCCGCCUCUGUUCCUGCAAUCAAACCAGCCUCAUAUCGCAACACUGCGGCUGUCUUUAGCAUCGGUGACGACGACGAUGAGGACGAUGAUGAUGAGAUUCCAGAGUUUUCUCUACAAACGCAUCCCCAUGCACUUAUCAAGUCCCAGUCAACUGUGGUCACAAGCCUGGAAGUUUGCACGCCGCGGCAGUUAAUUGAUCUGGAGGGCUGUCGAAGAAUGCCCGGUGUGACUAACAGUUUUGACUGUGUGCUUUUGGGACGUGGUGAAACGCCAUCCUAUCGUGGUAUUAUUCUCGUGACGGAGAAGCACAUGAUAGUGGUAAGAGAGCGCGAUAAACCCCUGUUGGAGACAUUGGGCAAUUUCGUUCAAAAGACCUUUCUCAGAAAAGCGACAGCCUCCUCUAAGGCUGCCUCGUCUGCUGAAACCGAGCGCUCUGUCAAUGGAGUUGUUGAGGUUUCGUUUCCUAUAGGCCAGCUGACGAAAAUAACGUCGAAAAAGAUUACCCCUGAAGUCAUUACAUUCCACUGCAUCUCCGACCCGGUUUUGGGGACUCGGGAGUUUAUUCGUCUGUACAUCCCCAAGGCGGGCGAUGCUGUCAAGAUUGAACAAUUUUGUCCUGUCACCUUCCUCAAAGCAGACAGCUUUCCGGUGAAAUCCAAUCUUUGGUUGCCUUUAUCAGCGGACCAUUUCAAUUUCAGAAGUGAGAUAUUGGACUGUAAGAUGAACGAGUAA